UAAACACAAGCUUAGUAGAGACUAGAGAGAGAGAGAGAGAGGAUGGACGGAGGAGGAUUCGUCGUGAACGGCCCGGCUUCGGACUACGGCGGAGGACUCACGUUCUCCAUGAUCGUUACGUGCGUCGUGGCGGCCUCCGGCGGGCUUAUUUUCGGAUACGAUGUCGGAGUUUCAGGGGGUGUGACGACGAUGGAAUCAUUUCUGAGACUGUUCUUUCCGGAAGUUCUGAGAAAGAUGUCAGAAGCGAAGCGCGACGAGUACUGCCUGUACGACAGCCAGAAGCUGACGGCCUUCACAUCGUCGCUGUACAUUGCUGGACUGGCGGCAUCCCUGGUGGCCGGCAGCCUCACCAAGGCCGUCGGCCGCCAGGCCAUCCUGCUGCUGGGCGGGGCGCUGUUCUUCGCCGGCGCGGCCGUCAACGCCGCCGCCGUGAAUGUUGCCAUGCUUAUCAUCGGCCGGAUUCUCCUCGGCUUCGGCGUCGGCUUCACCAAUCAGGCCGCUCCGGUGUACCUGGCGGAGGUGUCGCCCCCACGGUGGCGCGGCGCCUUCACGACGGGGUUCCAGUUCUUCCUCCUCAUCGGCGUCGUCGUGGCGAGCGUCGUCAACUACGCCACCGCCCGCCUCCGCCGCUGGGGCUGGCGCCUCUCCGUCGGCCUGGCGGCCGCCCCCGCCGCCCUCCUCCUCCUCGGCGCCCUCCUCAUCCCCGACACCCCCAGCAGCCUCCUCCACCGCGGCAUGCCCGACGCCGCCCGCGCCGCCCUCCGCCGCCUCCGCGGCCCCGCGGCCGACGUCGACGCCGAGCUCAAAGACGUCGCGCGCGCCGUCGAGGACGCGCGCCGCAACGAGGAGGGCGCCUUCGCGAGGAUCCUGCUGCAGCGCCGCUACCGCCCCCACCUCGUCAUGGCGUUCGCGGUGCCGCUGUUCCAGCAGCUGACGGGCGUCAUCGUGCUCGCCUUCUUCUCCCCGAUCCUCUUCCAGACUGUCGGCUUCGGCAGCAACGCCGCUCUCAUGGGCGCCGUCAUUCUGGCCGCCGUCGACCUCGUGGCCAUUCUCGUCUCCACCUUCACGGUCGACCGCUACGGCCGUAAGGUGCUCUUCAUCCUCGGCGGCGUUCAGAUGAUCAUCUCCCUGGUCGCGGUGUCGUGGAUAAUGGGGUCGAAAAUCGGGGGGAACGGCGGCGCGACCAUGGCGAAGCCCUACGCCACGGCGGUGGUAGUACUGCUGUGCUUCUUCUCGGCGGCGUACGGGUGGUCGUGGGGCCCUGGGUGGAUCAUUCCGAGCGAGAUCUUCCCGGUGGAGAUCCGGUCGGCCGGGCAGGGGAUCAGCGUGGCGGUCGGUCUCGGCUGCACCUUCGUCCAGACGCAGACCUUCCUCGCAAUGCUCUGCCGCUUCAAGUUCGCCACCUUCGCCUACUACGCCGGCUGGGUCACCCUCAUGACCGUCUUCGUCGCCGCCUUCCUCCCCGAGACCCGAGGGGUGCCCCUCGAGUCCAUGCGGUCCGUCUGGGCGCGGCAUUGGUACUGGGGUCGGUUCAUCAAAGACGAUCGGAACGUCGUGGAAGAUCGCACCUGAACUCUAGUUCAACCAAAAACUAUCACAAUUUGAUCUUAUUGAAAACAACUUCAAACUAUCAUUAUAGUCAACACUUACAAUGUGCAAUGUCAAUAGUGUUUCAGUUAAAAAUACAGUGACCGAGUUCCAAUCGAACAGUGCUUGAUAGUUGACACUGUAGUUCUGACUUGGAAACUGACAAAUAUGGGGAUAAAGAAAAAUAGUGUUUGGAU